AUGGGACUUUUUCGCGUUUCAGAGACGAAAUCAAGCAGGACUGAGGCUGCGAGCUUGAACGCGGUCAUCGACUCUUUGAUCAAGUACUCUUUCGAAACUGGUUUGCUUACCUGUGCGGGGACUGUCAUCUCGAUGAUCUGCUGGUUGACAAUGCCCACGAACCUCAUCUUCAUGGGUCUUCAUUUUGUUAUUGGAAAAUUCUACGCAAACUCCUUGCUCGUCACACUGAACAUGCGUGAAACGAUUCGACGGGUACGUUCCCAGCGAUCCAAAGAGGCCGCGCUUGCAGGAGAAAAUCCCGUGCAUGUGCGCCACAUCCUCGACUCGCGGAGGCGUCGCGGGAGCGUCGCUGCAUCUGGGAACGAUGACCAUUUCGCGGUACGCAAUGUUGCCAACACCCCGAAUGAUGUACAGGCGCUGACAACGGCCACCGUCACCGACCUGUCUUCUUCCCCUUCCCUUUCUUCCCCUGCAUAA